UCACUAAAUUAGUUUCUUGCCUUUCAACUUUGUUAUUCUUAGAGUUGACAAGCAAUUUGUUGGCGUUGAUGAUAGCAUCAAGUGAAAUCUUAUAGAAUUGGUUUUUUUUUGUUUGUCGCAGCAACCAGUUUUAACUGGCGCCAAUGUAUUGGCUUUUACCAUUCGUUGUAGGGCAGACAAUGAAGUAAGAUUUAGAAUCAGUAACGAAUGAUUAACUCCUGAUUACUUCCUAAUCUCCUUCUUUGUUCCCUUCUUAUUGGAAAUAUUGGGUAAAUGGGAUGAAGUCAGUAGUACGAACUAAAAAAAACAUACAUUAGUUAUAUUACUAUUUUCUUUCAGCCCAUCAUACGGCUUUGACACCAACAAAUAUAAAUGGGGACCUUUCUGUUGAGUUAGAAACGUUAUAAUUUGACACCCAGCUCACAGACAGUCUGAAUGCUAAUCAAAUUGUUCGUGCUCAUCAAAAAAUUACGCUCAGAUUGAAGUAAUUAAAAAGUAGCUAGCCCUUAAAUGUUCUGAAAAAAGUCGGCUAAUAUGUUCUGUAACCGACAUUAAAGUUUUGAAAGCUAAUUAAUUGAUUUUCAAAAUAAACAGACACUUUUCGAAUUAUUCUAUUAAGUAUAAAAAACUAGUUGCUUCCUGAGCUCAUUUUACCGGUUCUCAAUCUGAUAUGAUGCCUUCCUGAUUGCAUUAAAACCACUGAAAAUACAAACACUUCAUUAAUUAUUACAACCCACAAAAAAUUACAACCCCUGAAUAUAAUUACGGUCACUUGUUUAUUACAAAACACUUUCCAUUUUUUAGUAGUUCGAUUUGUGUUUUUCUUGUCUUUUUAAUUUUGCUUCGAUAAUUUGAACUAUUUAAUUAUUUAUUUCAGUUACGGUAAUUGAAAUAUAGUUUUUGAAAUUUAGACUUGAAUGCUUAGUUACUGUCCUCCAGAUUUAGAUCAAAUGAAAGCACCUCUCAAAGUAAAGCUUCUUAAAUGGAUGGUUGAGGUUGCAAUUAGUACCCUCUAAAAGCCCUCCACGAACCAACCAGCUCUCAUUUCACUGGGGAAAAUAUCUUGUUACGGAAGAAAUUGUGCGAAUUUAUUAACUGGUUGAAGAUGCAGCAAAUUACCACUAAGUGACAGUUGUUACCUGGGCAACUGCAUUGGGAUUCAGUUCAGACCAUUUUCAGUAACUAAUGAAGACUACCUCCACUUAUUUAUUUGAGAAGACGACCUCUCUUUUAAUCUUCACAAUCUGGUUGUUUGGUCAAUUAUUGUACACUUGUUAGCCCACAUAAUCGAUUAUUAGAAGACACACCGCCAAGAGAAGCAGGACAGGCCUUCCCCAUUUUAGUUCAGAUUUCUGCUCACGCAAAAACUAUAUAUCUAAUUGUUAUUUUUUUCCUUCUGCUUCAUUUUUAUUUAAUUGGAAAAAAUAUAUAUCAAUACCACUUUUUUAAAUUCCUUAUUUGAAAAUUUUUAUUAAAAUGCGGGUACAUAAUUACUCGAAAAAUAUAGCUUCCCUUGAGCCCGAAUUAUUGUCUCCUUUAUCAUCAUUUGAAUCAGAAAAGCCAGCCGAAGCUAUCAUCCAAGUUCUCGGAAGUUAUGUCAUCCCAGCCACUUCGGUUGUCGGAAUUCUGUUCAACAGUUUGACAGUCUGUGUCGUCUGUUACAUGGGGCUGAAUACUUCGUCUCUUGUGUACAUGCUGCUUGUAGCUGUCGGGGAUUCGCUCAGCGUAUUCAUAGACGGCAUUCUCAACAUCGGAUUCGUGCACUGGAACUUGCCGAAACUGCUCACCCGCAGCAACUUGUCGUGUAAGGUGGGCCAGUGGGUGAGCUACUUGACCACCUUCGGAACCCAGUUCACUCUCGUCCUCUUCACCCUGGACAGAUUCAUAGCCAUGUGCAGACCAGUCUACUACAACCAGAAUCUCAAACACAAUCUCACAUAUCCAGUCAAGCUCACAGUUGCCACCUACGCCGUCACAUCUCUUCUUCUGUCAGGCAACCUGUACGUGUUCAGAGUUGAGGGUGAACUGUGCUGUCUGCUGGGGUCCCACUUGAGUGCCACAGUCCACAAGUUGUACUCCCUCUACACCGCCACGUUCCUGUACUCGGUCCUGCCGGGGUCCAUGAUGCUGGUACUAAACAUCGCAAUCAUCGUCAAAAUACGGGACCGGAAUGAGAGGAGAGCGAGUUGUGUGUCAGCUGAGAUGGCCACGAUGGACAGGUGUAGGGAGCACUCUAUCACAAGGGGUCUGCUGGUAGUGUCCAUCUGCUAUCUCCUGCUGACGUCACUCGCAUCUGUCAACAUGUCCAUUCUCACUGUCUACAUCAGACCACGCAUCAACCACCAGGAUCCAAAGUGGGCGAAGUAUGCCCAACUGAUGACGUACAUAAUCCAGUGGAGUGCAAUAUUCAACCUGUCAAUCAACUUCUUCCUCUACGUCCUCGGCAGUCGCAGUUUCCGACUCGAGUUCAUCCGCAUGAUCCGAUCAAAGAAAGCCCCCGAAAGAGACCUACGAGACCUCACUAAUCCGAGUGGCAAUCAAAUUCAUCAGAAGAUUAGUCACGUUCACUUCUGCGAUUUGGAACCAACGCCAGAGCAAAAAUAUGCGAGAAGAUUUACUACUUCAGUGUGAUCUAAUUUUUCCAGUUGCUAAAAAAACUCAAAUAAAUCAGAAAAGGUUUCCAUCUUAUGAAAAUGUUGCAUUGUAAGCUGCAAUGAGUGUUUCAAUAUUCAAAAA